UUUUUUUUUUGUUUUUUUAUUCUUUUUUAUUCUUUGAACCAACGCUUUAUUUGAAGAUCUCCAGUUUUAAAGUACAAAUACUUUUUACUUUACAUCUAUUUGAUCUUUGAUUGCCUUUUUGGUUGACAAACAAAAGUUAUCAUGGCCACGAAUUAUCAGGGAAUCAACUCCCCUGUGGGCGAUCAACAACAACAACAAUACAACAACGAUGCUUAUGAUCAACAUACCCAGAUGAAGUCAUAUAAGGAUCGCUUGGAUGAAAAGGCUCGAAAAUGGCAACAACUUCAAAACAAACGUUAUGGCGAAAAACGAAAAUUUGGUUUUAUCGAACAUCAAAAAGCAGAUAUGCCACCUGAACAUUUACGAAAGAUUAUCAAGGAUCAUGGUGACAUGUCAGCAAAGAAAUUUCGUCAUGACAAACGUAUUUAUUUGGGUGCACUCAAAUACAUUCCUCAUGCUGUCUUGAAAUUAUUGGAAAAUAUGCCUAUGCCUUGGGAACAAGUCCGUGAAGUCAAUGUUCUUUAUCACAUUACUGGUGCAAUCACUUUUGUCAAUGAAAUUCCUUGGGUAGUGGAGCCUAUUUACAUUGCUCAAUGGGGUACAAUGUGGAUUAUGAUGCGACGUGAAAAACGUGAUCGACGACAUUUCAAGCGUAUGCGUUUCCCUCCUUUUGAUGAUGAAGAACCUCCUUUGGAUUAUGGUGAUAAUAUCAUGGAUGUAGAACCUUUGGAAGCUAUUCAAAUGGAAUUAGAUGAAGAAGAAGAUGCAGCUGUUUUUGAUUGGUUUUAUGAUCCCAAACCUUUGGUCGACACCAAAUUUAUCAAUGGUUCAGCAUAUCGAAAAUGGCGUCUGGAUUUACCUAUCAUGUCUACUUUGUAUCGUUUAGCUCAUCAAUUAUUAUCCGACUUGAACGAUAAGAAUUACUUUUAUCUGUUUGAUUUGCAAUCUAUGUUUACAGCAAAGGCUCUCAGUAUGGCUAUUCCUGGUGGUCCCAAAUUUGAACCGUUAUACCGUGAUCUUGAAAAUGCCGAUGAUGACUGGAACGAAUUCAACGAUAUCAAUAAAAUCAUUAUUCGACAACCUGUACGAACCGAAUACAAGAUCGCCUUCCCUUAUUUAUACAACUCUUUACCUCGUAGUGUGCAAGUUUCUUGGUAUCAUUUCCCCAUCGUGGUAUAUGUACGAGCUGAAGAUCCUGAACUGCCUGCAUUUUACUUUGAUCCUAUUAUCAAUCCCAUCUCUUCUCGAUCUGUGGAUAGUGGUGAUCAAUCUCAUGAAGAUAGUAUUUUCGGUGAUGAUGAUCAAGAUUUAGAUUUCACUCUUCCAACUUCAGUGAAGCCCUUCUUGGAUGAAACACCUGUAUAUACUGAUAACACUGCCAAUGCUAUUUCUCUUUACUGGGCUCCUCAUCCAUUCGACAAACGAUCUGGUCGUACACGUCGUGCUGAAGAUAUUCCUUUGGUCAAAAAUUGGUAUCUCGAACAUUGUCCCUCUGGUCAACCUGUCAAAGUUCGUGUAUCUUAUCAAAAACUUUUGAAAUGUUAUGUCCUCAAUGCCCUCAAACAUCGUCACCCUAAAGCUCUCAACAAAAAGUAUCUCUUCCGAAGUCUUAAGUCUACCAAAUUCUUCCAAACUACUCAAUUGGACUGGGUUGAAGCUGGUCUCCAAGUGUGCCGUCAAGGUUAUAAUAUGCUCAAUCUUCUCAUUCAUCGUAAGAACUUGAACUAUCUUCAUUUGGAUUACAACUUCAAUCUCAAACCUGUCAAAACUCUCACUACCAAGGAACGAAAGAAAUCUCGAUUUGGUAAUGCUUUCCAUUUGUGCAGAGAAAUUCUUCGUCUUACCAAACUAGUCGUUGAUGCUCAUGUACAAUACAGAUUGGGAAAUGUGGAUGCUUAUCAAUUAGCUGAUGGAUUACAAUAUAUCUUUGCUCACGUUGGUCAAUUGACUGGGAUGUAUCGUUACAAAUAUCGUUUAAUGCGACAAAUUCGUAUGUGCAAGGAUUUGAAACAUUUGAUUUAUUAUCGAUUCAAUACUGGUCCAGUAGGAAAAGGUCCUGGUGUUGGUUUUUGGGCUCCUACAUGGCGUGUAUGGCUUUUCUUUAUGCGUGGUAUUGUACCUCUCUUAGAAAGAUGGUUAGGAAAUCUUUUGGCUCGUCAAUUCGAAGGAAGACACUCCAAAGGAAUCGCCAAAACUGUUACAAAACAACGUGUAGAAUCUCAUUACGAUCUUGAACUCCGUGCUGCUGUUCUUCACGAUAUCACUGAUGCCAUGCCUGAAGGAAUCAAAGGAAACAAAUCAAGGACUAUUUUACAACAUUUAUCUGAAGCUUGGAGAGCUUGGAAGGCCAAUAUCCCAUGGAAGGUGCCUGGUUUACCUACUCCUAUUGAAAAUAUGAUCUUACGUUAUAUCAAAUCAAAGGCUGAUUGGUGGACUAGUGUUGCUCAUUACAAUCGUGAACGUAUUCGACGUGGUGCUACUGUGGACAAGACUGUAUGUCGCAAAAAUUUGGGUCGUCUUACUCGUUUAUGGCUGAAGGCUGAACAAGAACGUCAACACAACUAUCUUAAGGACGGUCCUUAUGUAACUGCAGAAGAAGCCGUGGCUAUCUAUACAUCCACUGUUCAUUGGUUGGAAAGUCGCAAAUUCUCUCCUAUUCCUUUCCCACCAUUAUCUUAUAAACAUGACACCAAACUUCUUAUCUUGGCCCUGGAACGUCUUCGUGAAGCAUAUAGUGUACAAGGUCGUCUAAAUCAAAGUCAACGUGAAGAAUUGGGUCUAAUUGAACAAGCUUAUGACAAUCCUCAUGAAGCUCUCUCAAGAAUCAAACGUUUAUUAUUGACUCAACGUGCAUUUAAAGAAGUUGGUAUUGAAUUCAUGGAUCUCUACUCCCAUUUGGUACCUGUGUAUGAUGUAGAACCUUUGGAAAAGAUUACGGAUGCUUAUCUUGAUCAAUAUCUCUGGUAUGAAGCUGACAAACGAAAUCUAUUCCCUGCUUGGAUUAAACCUGGUGAUUCUGAACCACCCCCACUUCUCGUAUACAAAUGGUGUCAAGGUAUCAACAAUUUAUCUGAUGUAUGGGAUACUUCUGAAGGUCAAUGCAAUGUGAUGAUGGAAACUAGCUUUAGCCGAGUAUAUGAAAAAAUUGAUCUUACUCUAUUGGGACGUCUCCUCCGACUUAUUUUGGAUCACAAUUUGGCGGAUUAUGCAACUGCAAAGAACAAUGUUGUGUUGAAUUAUAAAGAUAUGAAUCAUGUCAAUGCUUACGGUUUGAUUCGUGGUCUUCAAUUUGCUUCUUUCAUCUUCCAAUACUAUGGUCUCGUUUUGGAUUUAUUGGUGCUUGGUCUUCAUCGUGCUAGUGAAAUGGCAGGUCCCCCUCAAUUACCCAAUGACUUUUUACAAUAUCGAGACAAUGCUACUGAAGUUCGACACCCUAUUCGAUUAUACUCGCGUUAUGUAGAUCGCUUACAUAUCUUCUUCCGAUUUACAGCUGAUGAAGCACGCGAUUUGAUUCAACGUUAUUUGACUGAACAUCCUGAUCCAAACUUUGAAAACAUUGUCGGUUACAACAACAAGAAAUGCUGGCCUCGUGAUUGUCGUAUGCGUUUGAUGAAACAUGAUGUCAAUUUGGGUCGUGCUGUCUUUUGGGAUAUCAAGAAUCGUUUACCUCGCUCCUUAACUACUAUCGAAUGGGAAAAUAGUUUUGUCAGUGUCUAUUCAAAGGAUAAUCCAAACUUACUCUUCUCUAUGUGCGGUUUUGAUGUUCGUAUUUUACCCAAAAUUCGAAACCUUAAUGAAGAAUUUACUCUCAAGGAUGGUGUAUGGAACCUCAUCAAUGAACAAACAAAAGAACGUACUGCUCAAGCUUAUCUUCGUGUCGAUCAAGAAUCUAUGGAUAAAUUCCACAAUCGUAUUCGUCAAAUUCUUAUGUCAUCUGGUAGUACCACUUUCAGCAAGAUCGCAAACAAGUAUAAUACGGCCCUUAUUGGUCUCAUGACUUAUUACCGUGAAGCUGUUGUACAUACUCGUGAACUUUUGGACCUCUUGGUCAAAUGUGAAAAUAAGAUCCAAACUCGUAUCAAGAUCGGUCUCAACUCAAAGAUGCCUACCCGCUUUCCUCCCGUUUUAUUUUAUUGUCCCAAAGAACUUGGUGGGCUUGGUAUGCUCUCUAUGGGUCACGUUUUGAUUCCUCAAAGUGAUUUGCGUUGGUCUAGUCAAACUGAAACUGGUAUCACUCAUUUCCGAUCUGGUAUGAGCCAUGAUGAAGAUCAAUUGAUCCCUAAUUUGUAUCGUUAUAUCCAAUCAUGGGAAUCCGAAUUUAUUGAUUCACAACGUGUCUGGGCUGAAUAUGCACUCAAGCGACAAGAAGCCAAUGCUCAAAAUCGACGACUUACUUUGGAAGAUUUGGAAGAUUCAUGGGAUCGUGGUAUUCCUCGUAUUAAUACUUUAUUCCAAAAGGAUCGACAUACUUUGGCUUAUGAUAAAGGAUGGCGUGUGCGUACCGAUUUCAAACAAUAUCAAGUACUCAAGAACAAUCCCUUCUAUUGGACACAUACUCGUCAUGAUGGUAAACUUUGGAAUUUGAACAACUACCGUACCGAUAUGAUUCAAGCCCUUGGUGGUGUGGAAGGUAUUUUGGAACAUACUUUAUUCAAGGGUACCUAUUUCUCUUCAUGGCUUGGUCUUUUCUGGGAAAAGGCAUCUGGUUUCGAAGAAAGUAUGAAAUACAAAAAGCUUACCAAUGCACAACGUAGUGGUCUUAAUCAAAUCCCCAAUCGUCGUUUCACUCUUUGGUGGUCUCCUACUAUCAAUCGAGCAAAUGUUUAUGUUGGUUUCCAAGUACAAUUGGAUUUGACUGGUAUUUUCAUGCAUGGUAAAAUUCCUACCCUCAAGAUCUCUUUGAUUCAAAUCUUCCGUGCGCAUUUAUGGCAAAAACUUCACGAAGCUCUUACUAUGGAUUUCUGCCAAGUAUUCGAUCGUGAAUUGGAAGCUCUUCAAAUUGAAACUGUACAAAAGGAAACUAUUCACCCUCGUAAAUCAUACAAGAUGAAUUCAUCAGCUAGUGAUAUUUUGUUGUUUGCUGCUUACAAAUGGCCUGUAUCACGACCUUCACUUUUGAAUGAUCCAAAGGAUGUGAUGGAUGGACCUACUACAACAAAAUACUGGUUGGAUAUUCAAUUACGAUGGGGUGACUUUGAUUCUCACGAUAUUGAACGUUACACUCGUGCCAAAUUCUUGGAUUACACUACUGACAAUAUGAGUAUCUAUCCUUCACCUACUGGUUUGAUGAUUGGUGUGGAUUUAGCUUACAACAUGUACUCAGCAUAUGGUAAUUGGAUUCCUGGUAUGAAACCUUUGGUACAACAAGCUAUGGCGAAGAUCAUGAAGGCAAACCCUGCAUUGUAUGUCUUACGUGAACGUAUUCGAAAGGCACUUCAAUUAUAUUCUUCAGAACCAACCGAACCUUAUCUUUCUUCAACAAAUUAUGGUGAACUCUUCAGUAAUCAAAUCAUUUGGUUUGUGGAUGACACUAAUGUAUAUCGUGUGACGAUUCACAAGACAUUCGAAGGUAAUUUGACAACCAAACCCAUCAAUGGUGCUAUCUUUAUCUUUAAUCCUCGAACUGGACAACUCUUCCUCAAGAUCAUUCAUACUUCAGUGUGGGCAGGUCAGAAACGUCUUGGUCAAUUGGCAAAAUGGAAGACGGCAGAAGAAGUGGCAGCUCUUAUUCGGUCUUUACCUGUGGAAGAACAACCUAAACAAAUCAUCGUUACUCGUAAGGGUAUGUUGGAUCCUUUGGAAGUGCAUUUACUUGAUUUCCCGAAUAUUGUCAUCAAGGGUAGUGAAUUACAAUUACCUUUCCAAGCAUGUUUGAAGGUGGAAAAAUUCGGUGAUUUGAUCUUGAAGGCAACUGAACCUCAAAUGGUUCUUUUCAACUUGUAUGAUGAUUGGUUACGAUCCUUCUCAUCUUAUACUGCAUUCUCUCGUUUGGUAUUGAUUCUUCGUGCUCUUCAUGUGAACAACGAAAAAACCAAGAUGAUUCUGCGACCUGACCGAAGCACCAUUACUGAAGCUCAUCAUAUCUGGCCAACACUAUCUGAUGAAGAAUGGGCUAAGGUGGAAGUGGCAUUGAAGGAUUUGAUUUUGGGCGAUUAUGGCAAGAAAAAUAAUGUGAAUGUGGCCUCUCUCACACAAUCUGAAAUCCGUGAUAUUAUUCUUGGUAUGGAAAUUCAAGCACCUUCUCUUCAAAGACAACAAAUUGCAGAAAUCGAAAAGCAAACCCAAGAACAAUCACAACUCACAGCAGUGACGACUAAGACUCGCAAUAUCCAUGGUGAUGAAAUGAUUGUGACAACAACCAGUAAUUAUGAAACUCAAACCUUCUCAUCCAAGACGGAAUGGCGUAUUCGGGCUAUCUCUGCAACUAAUCUUCAUCUACGUACCAACCACAUCUAUGUGAAUUCUGACGAUAUCAAAGAAAACACUUACACUUAUGUGUUACCCAAGAAUGUACUCAAACGAUUUAUUACGAUUUCCGAUCUACGAACCCAAGUAGCUGGUUUGAUGUAUGGUGUAAGUCCUCCUGAUGCUCCCAAUGUGAAAGAAAUCCGUUGUGUGGUGAUUCCUCCUCAAUGGGGUUCCCAUCAAACCAUCCAUCUUCCUAAUACAUUACCUGAACAUGAAUAUUUGGCUGAUCUUGAACCUCUUGGCUGGCUCCAUACACAACCACAAGAACUGAUGAAUAUCUCCCCACAAGAUGUUUCAACACAUGCAAAACUUUUGGCUAACAACAAAUCAUGGGAUGGUGAAAAGACAGUGACAUUGACAUGUUCAUUUACUCCUGGUUCUUGCUCUUUGACGGCAUAUAAGUUGACGCCUGGUGGAUUUGAAUGGGGCAAGAAUAAUAUGGAUACUGGCAAUAAUCCUCAAGGUUAUCUUCCUACGCAUGCUGAAAAGGUUCAAAUCUUAUUAUCAGAUCGAUUCCUUGGUUACUUUAUGGUCCCAACAGAUAUUUGGAAUUACAACUUUAUGGGUGCACAAUUCAAUGCCAAUAUGAAAUACCGAUUGAAUUUGGAUGUACCAAAGGAAUUUUAUCACGAAUCACAUCGGGCAUCUCACUUUAUGAACUUUAGCAGUGACUUGGAAGCAGUAGGUGAAGCCGAUAUUGAAGAUGCCUUCGCCUAAUGGAAAAUAAUGAAACAAAAAAAAAAUUUAUAGUUUAGUCUUUUUAUUUAGUAGUAGUUUAGUUUUAUUGAAAUGGUUUUAUUUGUUUUAUUCUUUUUAUGAAAGAAAUAAAGGAUGUACAUAACACACAAAAAAA